CGGCGAACAGUUGAAUAUCUCUGUCGUGACCCCCCACUUUCAGUGUCGACACACGACUCGGUACGUACAGAUAUCCUACCGAGGAUAAAUCGAAGAAAACGAAUUUUCCCCCAAACAAAUAUCGCGUGUUUGAAAUAUAUUUUCGAAUGAAAAAUAGGGGUUCGCGUGGCGCCUAGCGACAGUUAUGAAAAAACUCAGAAACAAUUUUUCGUGUAAGACACGAGUGAAAAUUGUCUGAAGUGAUUGGUGUUUACCUCAUUGUUCGCCAAGUUUUUUUUUUUUUUUCCAAGUUUUUAACACCGAAAACAGUGAAGGGAACGAGAAUUCGCGGUUGUGCCUGUUGGCUGUCGCCUCACGGAUGCAUAUGGAGGUGUCCCCGAACCGGCGCUGUCUGAACCAGCUUAACAGCUGAUCGGAGUACGAGGCGGCGGUGAACGGGGCCACAACUGCACCACCACCCCGCGAACGGAUUAAAAAAAACCAAAACAAUCGAUUGUUUUUCUUCGACGAUCAGCCACUUGAUGAGAAGAAGAUAGAACAUUGAGGGGCCUGAGAAGAUAACGGUGAGAUUGACGCAAAAAUGGUGAAAACUUUUCAAGCUUAUCUGCCCUCCUGCCAUCGCACUUACUCGUGCAUACACUGCCGUGCUCACUUAGCUAAUCACGACGAACUCAUCUCCAAGUCCUUCCAGGGCAGCCAGGGUCGUGCCUAUCUGUUUAAUUCUGUAGUUAAUGUCGGCUGUGGACCUGCUGAGGAAAGAGUUCUGCUGACGGGUCUUCAUGCUGUCGCCGAUAUUUACUGCGAGUGCUGUAAAACAACACUCGGAUGGAAAUAUGAGCACGCGUUCGAAUCGAGCCAGAAGUACAAGGAGGGCAAAUUCAUAAUUGAACUUGCCCACAUGAUAAAGGAGAAUGGAUGGGAAUGAACCACCGACUCCAGGGUGAAGGUGGGGGAAUCCCAGACCAGAUAGUCCUCCACUGGAGCCCUUGAUACAGGCAAACGACGCGAGUAAAUAAUUAUUAGAGAGACAGGCUAAAAGCGCUAAACAUAAAAACAAUCCAUACAUUGUUGUUCUCAUGUUUCAGUCCCUCGAGUCAUAACUAAAACAGAAACUAAUGAGUAAGGAAAAUGACAAAGCAUCAUUACCCCUAAAACAUAAAACAAAAAAAAAAACAAAAAAAAAACCACCAACGAAAGUCUGUGAUUUCAUUUGUGAUUUGUAAUCUUAGUAAUGUUUUUCUGUUCUGGACAAUUUCACUGGGAGAUGAAUGAAAAAAUACCGAUGCAGAAAACAAUUUUGAAGUUGAUGAAGACAAAUCAAAACUUCACACAACUUCAAAAUUCUGUUUUUUUCUUCCGGCGAUUUUUUUGAAGAUGAAAAAAACAAAUACUUUUAUCUGGAUAUUUUUUCACAGUGAGAAGGUGUUUCACGUCGCCGAGAUGUUUUUCGCAAUCAGAAAAACAUUUUCGAUAUGAAAAGAAAUAUUUGAAUUGAAGAAAUGACGAAAGUCGAUUAUUGUGGAGGACGGGUUAUUGUGGAGCCAUAUAGAGAGGAUUUUAUGACCGAAAGAGAUGAUUAAGUAUUUGUAUAUUGAGAGAUAUUUUUGGAAAUGCGAGAGAUGGAAAAAUUUGUUGAGACGGAGUUGAAGGAUUUUUCGGUGAACUGGCUACAGUGGCGCCAUUGUGGUGAAUUUUUAGGAGGAAACGUGCCGACGAAUAAUUCGGGGAAUCCCAAAGGUAACCCCUCAUCUUUUUUCAAUACAAAAAAAAACAGAUUGAACAAAUCCCCUAAAAUUGAAUAGACAAAAAAUUGACACUAAUUUUUUAUCUUAUCAAUUCUCAUCGACCUGUCCCCAUGGAUUCAAGGAGGCACGUAAAUUCCCCAGAAAAAUGCAAUUGUUUGUGAAGAGAAAUUGAAUUUUCUCUCGAUAAAAACUGAUAAAAAAAAAUGUUUAAAUGAAAUAUGUAAUAAGGGUGCAGCGGGGGUGCCACAGAAUUUGCUGGACUGACUGCCUGCCUGCCGCCUCUAUCGUUGGAAUUUCACUGCCGAUAAUUCCUAAUUAAUUAAUAGAAAGGGAAAAAUGGAAGAAGAAGGUGCGAACGAUGGUGGAGAAAAUUGAGGAUUUUAGAGGAAAUUGGGAUAAAUUUACUGAGCCUGAGAAUGCCCAGAUUGUAGCCCCAGCGUAGCCUACUAGUGUUAUGAGAAAAGCCUAUAUAAAAUAUUAUAGGAAUUCAUUUAAUGAUUUCUGUGAUUAACUGAAAUGACGAGAUGGAAAGCGAAAUGUGAUUAUUGGCUCCUGCCCCGUUUUUCCAAAAUAUCUCUGAAUCUAAGAGAGAUCAUUAAAUUUUCGUCAAGACCUUCUUUAUGCAGCGGAUUGAGAGCUAUAAAAAAGGUUCUAAUACAAAUUUCAAUAUCUCUCAAGGAUUCAGAGAUAUUUGAAAAUUUACUUACCAGUUGAAUCCACUUACCCUUUACCGCUGCACUACUGAUUUUUUUUCAACUCUUUUGUCCUCCAACGGAAUUUUUCCCACUGCAAUAUCCCUCCCCUGAUAUCCCUGGGAUAUUAAUACCCCGAAUGUGAUGAAGAAUGCGAAUGAAAAUUGAUCUCUUCAUUUCACUUAAUCUCAAUAUAGCGGAUAAGAACUGUAAAGUGGGAGAUAUUUCAAACAUAAAAUUUGAUGAAAAAAAAGUAAAUAAUAAUAAUAAUAAUUGUGAGAGAUUGGAGGAGGGUAAUGGUGUUAAAUAUCGAUGAGAAUGAAUUUUCAUGGUUGAAUGGUAUUAAUACUGUAUUAUAGAUAAUCACUCAUGUCUUUCUAUUUUUUCAUUUCGUCUGUGUAAUUUCACGUAGCGAAUUUGAAUAUAUGACCAAAUGGACAUUCGGAUAGUAGAUAUAAUUUUGUAAUUCAUUAUUUCGUUCAUUUUCCAUUAAAAGAAACAACUGUUUACGUAUUUUUUGUUGUUCAUUUGUCUUUUGCAGAAAUCAUUCGUCUUUUUACGUAUAAAAAAAAAUAGUAGAAAACCUAGAGCUUUUUAUUCUAGAAUCCUAGUGAAUUUUCGAUGAUCGGUCUUGGAAGUAGGGAAAGAUCAUUAAAAUACGCCGCCAUCUUGAUUAGAUAGCCCCUCCCUUUGCCAUAUGGAGACUCAAAGAUGGCGACGCCUUCACCUCGAAUUUUUAAAUAAUCAUUAUAAUUAUUUCACUUCUUGAUAUCACUUCCAAAUAAUUCUAUUCUGUUCUUAUGAAGUGAACAAUUUUUUUGAGCCAUUCGUCAGAUAUUUUCAUCCAUUUUUCGCUGAUAAUCCACGGAACAGUUUUUCCAUAAUUUUAAAAGAAAAAAUCUGUAUGCUUUCCUAUUAAAUAUCCAAAAUUCGAUAGUAUUUCAAUAGGAUCUCUAGAGAAAGGACUAGAUUUAUCUAUUUUUUUUUCAUACGUAUUUUUUUUAUUCACAAAUAUUGAAAUUUGGAGUUAUUGUUUGUUGCACGUGCACGAGAGUGAAUGUGAAUUAUCGUUUCAGGUUUCACUUUCUUCAUACUCUCGUUGAGUGGAAUAAGGAGAUGCGUAGGAAUUCCGUGUGAAAAUUCCAGUUUUACGGGAAAUAUAAAGCAAUUACCUGAGAAAGUACAAGUUUAUCAUGAAUGAUGCGGGCGCCAUUUUGAAACGCCUGAGAGUCGCCAUUUCGUGGCACAUGACGAGCGGCCAUCUUGUUCUCCAGUUAUCAAUCGAUUAUCGGUGUUUCAGGACUAGAGACAGGGAAAUGGUCAUUCGUUUCGUGUUUUCGAAUGGAAAUUUUCUGGUUUUUCAAGCCCAACGCCUGCAAUUCCUCCCCCCAAACUCCGUUAUCGAGAUAACCCCAAAGAAUCUUUUUUUAUUUCACUCAACUUCCAAUUCUUCACCCACUUAACGACCAAUGACAAAAAAAAUCAUCUCGAGAAUUUUUUUUCGGCUUCGGAUGUCACGGGAAUCGACUCAAAUAUUUUUCAUGCAUUAAUUGGUAAAUAAAUUGUGCGAGAGGUUUUUACACUAUAAAAAUUGUUCCUCGGGAUAAACGAAUCCAAUUUUCUCCAAAGACUUUGAUGAGAAUUCUUUCCAGAUCCCCUUGUCAUCCUCAACUGAAAAUUGAUCUCACCCUCAAUCGCAAGCCAUUCGAUGCAACUAAUUUUCGUGAAUAAAAAAAAAUGCACAUUCAGACGACGAAACUAAUAAAAACCAAAAUUUGAUGUAUUGCGAGUGCUUGAGCGUAUGACUGUGACGGCCUAAUCCUCUACAUGUCUCUCGAGAGUACUUUUGAUAUCAAUGUGGUGAAACAAAAAAACUAAAAUGACAAAAAAAAAAUGAAAAAAUAUAAUGAACUAAUUAUUUUUCUCCUCCAGUGUUUUCCCGUUUCAUUGUACCUCCACCUGUUUGUGAAACUUGAGUUGAAAUUUUAUGUAAGAAAAUUGUAGACACCAUUCACAGUUGAUUAUUACAUAGAGACUUAUUCAAUUCAGUUACACCAAGAAAUAGAAAAAAAGGCAUAAAUAUACGGAGCGAAUAGGAAUCUGAUUUGUCGAAGUGGUCGAAGGGAGAUGGAAUCACAAGUUGAUUUUUUUUAUGAAUAAAAA